AUGGCCACCUUCCAGGACAAAGACGAGCCGUUUGGAGCCGGUGGCUCUUUUGGGCCUGGAGACAACGUGGACUUGGAGCGCCGAGCUUCAACUACGACGGUUCAAGGUCGGAAGAUGAGUAGGAUCGCUCCUCCUCCACGAAACAGCUCGAUCGUGUCGACUCCAGAAGGAGACGACGAUGGUGUCAAAGACGAGUACGGCAAGCUUGUACAGAUGGAGGCGAACGACGCGAUCAAGUAUCGAACCUGUUCAUGGCAAAAGACUGCUGCUCUACUCUUCUCCGAGUACAUCUGCUUGGCAAUCAUGUCUUUCCCAUACUCAUACUCGAUCCUUGGUCUUGUCCCAGGGCUAAUCUUGACAGUCGUGCAAGCCGCAUUCGUCCUUUACACUUCGCUCGUUGUUUGGGAAUUCUGUCUUCGUCAUCCUGAAACUCGAGAUGUUUGUGACAUCGGACAGAUGCUCUUCUGGGGAUCCAAAUGGGCUUGGUAUUUCACGGCGGUCAUGUUCCUUCUGAACAAUACCUUCAUUCAGGGACUGCACGUCUUGACCAUUUCGCGAUAUCUGAAUACGAUGAGCGACCACAGCAUCUGUACAGUCGGCUUUGCCGCCAUUGGGGCUGUCAUAUCGUGGGUUUGCUCGAUGCCGCGAACGUUUAGUGCCCUGUCCAAGCUCGGUGCCGCGUCUGCCUUCUUCACGUUCAUUAGUGUCAUUCUCGCCGCCGCCUUUGCUGGCGCAGAGGGCAAACAUGGCACUGCCGGCUACAAUCCGGACCCCAACCACAUCAAUGCGAACGGGCAGAAGGUUGGUGGUGAGCCGUUGGUUCUCGCUGUUCCUCUCGCCGGCACGACUUUCGUGUCUGGCAUGAACGCCUUCUUGAACAUCGCCUACACGUUUAUCGGUCAGAUUACCCUCCCUAGCUUUAUCGCCGAGAUGAAGAACCCCUACGAUUUCCGAAAGGCCAUCUGGGUCGUGACUAUCUGCGAGAUCAUCGUGUUCAGCUUGGUCGGUGGUAUCGUGUAUGGAUACACCGGCACUCAAUACAACACUGCUCCUGCCUUCUACUCCCUGGGUAACGAUGUCUACAAAAAAGUCAGCUUCUCGUUCAUGGUCCCGACCUUGAUCUUCCUUGGUGUUCUUUACGCCUCGGUCUCUGCACGCUUCAUCUUCUUCCGCCUGUUUGACGGCACUCGCCACAAAUCCUCGCAUACCGUUGUCGGCUGGGCGUCUUGGGCCGGCAUCCUCGCCAUCACGUGGAUCCUCGCAUUCAUCAUCGCCGAAGUCAUUCCCUUCUUCUCCGACCUUCUCUCCCUGAUGAGUAGUUUGUUCGACAGCUUCUUCGGCUGGAUUUUCUGGGGCGUCGCGUAUCUGCGUAUGCGCUACGCCGACCUGGGCCCUGGGUUCUACAAGAAGAGAGGAAUUCGAGGAUGGAUCGGUUUCUUGGUGAACAUCUUUAUCAUCAUCGUGGGACUCUAUUUCCUCGGCGCGGGGACCUAUACGUCGGUUGAGAGUAUCAUCCUCGAUUACGAUGCAGGAAACGUCAAAGGUGUCUUUACAUGCGCCAACAACGGGUAG